AUGAGAGCAUCCGAGCCCUAUCUGCGUGACCUGCAGUUCCGUGGUUUUGUCGAAGGGUUGACACUUCUCGACAAACAAUCCUUGCCGCUCUGCCACUACUUUGGAGGAAUCCCGUACGCAUUGCCCCCUACGAAACAGUUCAGAUGGGCACGUCCCCGAUCCCUCCCUCCAUGUUUCCGUUACGGCACGAGUGCGAGCCCAGGGAAGUACACGGGGAGUUGCGGCGUUUGCCCUCAGCCUCAGCCUAAUGAAGACGCAUGGGAUGAAGAUUGUCUGCAGAGUAACAUCUACAUUCCGAUUGGUGACCCGCCACAGCAAGGAUGGCCUGUUUUAUUUUGGAUCCAUGGAGGGUUUCUCCAAUUCGGUAACGCCAAUGACAGCAACCCAAUGAAGAUGCUAAGCGACACUGACUGCAAGGCCAUCAUUGUGAUGCCAGCGUACCGCCUCAAUGUUUUUGGUUUCCUAGCCUCGCCAGAAUUGUUGAAUGUGAGCUCCGACACCUCUGCCAAUCUUGGGUUUUGGGACCAGCGAUUGGCCUUGGAAUGGACAUGGCAAAAUAUCAGCUACUUUGGCGGCAAUGCGUCCAACAUCACGAUUGGUGGCUAUUCCGCUGGCUCGCAUUCAACGUUUCAUCAGCUCGCCUACGACCUUGGCUUGCCGGACAACAAGUGCAUCGUUAGGAGAGCGCUUAUGAUGUCCAAUGGCCCCGGUCUGCAGCCAAAGAGUUUGGAUGAAGCCCAGGAUCAGUUCGAUGAGCUUCUGCAGGCAUUGGAGAUACCACGUGAGCUGUCCGCUGCAGAGAAGUUACUCAAGCUACGGUCUUUGGAUGCAAGGACGCUGGUCGAUGCAACUACGCGCAUCAAAUAUCACCAGUUCCGAGCCGUGACCGAUGGAUCAUUUGUACGGGUUGGUCUAAUGCGCGAGAUUGACAACGGUUCAUUCGCCAGCCGCAUGAAGACACGGGGCAUCAAAUUGAUCAUUGGCGAGUGCAAGGAUGAGCACAACGUGUAUGGAACAUGGAGACCCCCUUCCAAUGAUAUAGACAGUCUCUUUCAACGUUUGCAGGCUGACUACCCUACCGCCUCUUGCAAGGCGCUUAUGCGGCACUAUUAUCCAGGAGGGAAGCUGCCGACAGACUGCCAAGAUUGGAAACAGGCAUUCGGAUGUAUCUAUGCAGAUAUACAGAUCCACCAUCUUGAACGUGGCAUGGUCAAUGCCCUUGUGCGCCACGGUGCUGGACACCUGAUCUAUCGGUAUCGUAUAGAAUGGCGUGCAGCAUGCUGUGACCGGCGUUGGCCAAAAGACUGGGGGGUCACGCAUGGGACGGAUAUGGUUCUGUGGUUCUGGGGUGACGGGGACAGCUUGAACAAGGCUGAGCAGCAACUCAUACGGGCUGCCUUCCAUGACAACCUUGCUAAGUUUAUCAAGGGCGAAGAAGUGGAAUGGGGCACACAGCAUCCGUUGCACAUCAGAACGUUAAAAGCCAAUGGGUCCGUAAAGUGCGAGGAAGAUAGAUGGCUCGAGGAGGGACUGAAGGUCUGGGAUAUCCUGAAAGAAGUCGGCACAACUAGGCAGACGGUCGCUGCAAGGUUGUGA